CCUAUUGUCUCCCUCUCUCUCUCUUUCUUUAAAAAAUAACAAUGGCCAGAGUAAUUGAUCCCAGCAGUCUUGCUAACCUCGAUGAGGUGCGUACCAACCACAUUCACAUGAACUGGACUAUUUCUUUUGACCAAAAGAAAAUUGGUGGUAACGUCGUCUUGGAUAUUGUUACUUUGGUGGAUAAUGUCGACAAGGUCGUUUUGGACACAAGUUACCUUGAUUUACAAGCUGUUUCUCUCAACGGUGAACCUCUUCAAUACACUGUUGCUGAACGUCACCUCAGUCUUGGUUCUGCAUUAACCGUGUCCAUUCCUACUAUCGCCAAGGCAGGUACGGAAUUCCAACUCAAGGUCGAGUACUCUACUACCGACAAAUGUACUGGUGUUCAAUACUUGGAACCCGAACAAACUGUUGGUAAGAAGCAUCCCUAUUUAUUCUCCCAAUGUCAAGCUAUCCAUGCUAGAUCCAUGUUGCCUUGUAUGGAUUCACCUUCCAACAAAUUGACCUAUUCCGCUGCUGUCAAGUCUGCUUUACCCGUUGUCAUGUCUGCUCUUUUGUCCUCUGUCGAUGAUAAUGGAGAUAAUACCAAGACCUAUAACUUUAAGCAAGCUACCACUAUUCCUUCUUACUUGAUUGCUGUCGCUGCUGGUAAUUUGGUUGGCCGUGAAAUCGGUCCUCGUUCUACUGUCUGGUGUGAACCUGAGGUUGUUGAUCAAGCCGCUUGGGAAUUCGAUGACACCGAGAGAUUCAUUGCUACCGGUGAAAGCCUUUUGACUCCUUAUGAAUGGGGACGUUAUGAUCUUUUGGUCUUGCCUCCCUCUUUCCCUUAUGGUGGUAUGGAGAAUCCCUGUUUAACUUUUGUUACACCUACUCUUUUAGCUGGUGAUAAGAGUGCCGUGGAUGUGGUUGCUCACGAAAUCGCACAUAGUUGGAUGGGUAACUUAGUCACUACAUCUAACUGGGAGCAUUUCUGGUUAAAUGAAGGUUGGACCGUCUUUAUCGAAAGAAAGAUUGCCGCUCGUCUUCACGGUGAAGCUGAAAGACAAUUUAGUUCCAUCAUUGGAUGGAAGGCCUUGAAAGAAAGUGUUGAGCUCUUUGGUGAAGAUUCUCCUGCUACCGUCUUGAAGCCUGAUUUAAGCAGUGGUAUCGAUCCUGAUGAUUACUUUAGUUCCAUCCCUUAUGAAAAGGGUUUCAAUUUGCUUUACCACAUUGAAAAGGUCGUAGGUGGUCCUACUGUCUUUGAACCUUACAUGAAGGCUCAUGUGGAACGUUUUGCUAGUAAAUCUAUCACCACCGAGGAUUGGUUAGCUCAUAUCCACGAAUAUAUGGAAGUCAACCAUGGUCAAGAGACACUCCAAAAGUUAAAGUCCAUCGAUUUUGAUCUUUGGAUUAACAGCCCCGGUAUGCCUCCCGUUGAUCCUAACUUUGAUACUAGCCUUGCUGAUGCUUGUUAUAACCUCGCUACACGUUGGGAUCAAGCCCGUGAUUCUGACGAUUUGUCUGCUUUCUCUCCCAAGGAUGUCGAAUCCUUCACUUCUACACAAAAGAUUGUCUUUUUGGAACGUUUAACAGAUUGUGAACCUUUACCUCACAGAGUUCUUGCCAAGAUGGAUGAACUUUAUGAAAUGAGCCCUAUCCGUAAUGCCGAUAUCCGAUUCCGUUGGGAGCAAAUCUGUGUCAUGGCCAGUUAUGAAAAGAUCUACCCUAGCGUCGUUGAAUUUAUUACCAAGCAAGGUCGUAUGAAGUUCGUUCGUCCUCUUUACCGUUACCUCUACAAUGCCAAGAACGGUGCUACUUUAGCGCAAGAGACUUUCUUGAAACACAAGAACUUUUACCAUCCUAUUGCCGCUCAACUCAUUGCCAAGGAUAUCAACUUGAAGCAAUAAAUAAUUUUUUUUUUCUUUUCAAUUUGUAAAUGUAAAAAAAAAAAAUACACAAACAAACACGCGCAUACUUUUAUUAUUUAAAUGUCCUUGACUUCAAAGAUCAUACCA